AAAUGGAAGGUGGUGGAACUCCUUCUCGAAAAGAGGGCCGCGUUUGGUGCUCGCACCUAUACUGCUGCCAAGCGGACAAUCCUUCACCAAGCAGUGGAGGCCGAGCAAACCGACGUCAUUCAGAUGCUCCUAAAGCUCGGGGCUGACAUUGAAAAAGAGGACAGUUUCAAUAUGACACCUUUGGAUCUGGCAUUGGGCAAGCCAUUGGAUCUGGCAUUGGGCAAGCCAUUGACUGAAUCGUUUUCCAAAAGCAGUUCGCUCUUCAUCGCUCUGAUACGAAGCGGUGGACCUCUGGCAUUGGAAUGGCUAGAAAACUGGCCGGUACCUGCCGAAGUCCGAUGCAGAGAUGGCGAGCCUGUCGAACUCAAGCGAGCAAACCUAGGAGAACGACUCCGCGCGGUCAUUGCGCCCAAGUACAAAGAUGACAAAGACAAGCUCGACACUGUGCCCCAGGACAACCUGGAGGAACACUCUGAUAAGGUCCAUUUUUGCGCGAAGCUAUUGCGCAAGCUGGGCCUCCCCGUGCAUCGUCAAGCCUCUCCAUCCGUUGGCCCUGAAGAUUUAGAAGGAGGUGAAGACGACGGAGCUAUUGAACGCAGAAGCGAGCGGGGUCAUUUUGGUAGACCCCGAUGUGAUUCUCUCAUAUAUAAAGAUAUCUACGAGAAAAGCAGCGAAUACAGUGAAAGCGUGGACCAUCCUUUCGUUGUCGACAAGGUGGACAUUGAUCACUCUUUCAGUCGCAUCUUCACCGCGCCUCCGGUUGUCGCUGUCAAGCUGCGAGUUUUGGAAGGUAUAUCCGGUGCGGACGCAUGCCAUUCAGGGCUCCUGCGGUGUCUUGUGGAGGCACCCAACAAGGCUGUUUUCUAUACAGAUGCAGUGGAGGCUGUAGUGUCAGCAGCUUGGCAGCAGUACCGGCUUCAGACCGUGCUGGAAUCAACUUUCGGCAUUCUGACGGUGAUCCUGCUUUGCGUUGCUUCCUUCGCUUCCAAGAACGGUCAGCCUGCGUUCGCUGGAGCUGUGUGGCUUGGCAUCCUUGCAUUGCACAUCAAGAGGACUGCGGAGGAAGUAGUGCAAUACCUGUGUUUUGCGACACGAGUCUGGCAGGGCAAAGUCCACCGUGCUCGUUGUCUCGACUUCGACAACGCUGCCGACCUCGUUUACGUGAUCGUUGGAUGGUUCGCCUGUGUGCUGCAAAUGCAGCAGGAUGAGCUGGAAAAGCAAGCCGUGCCCUGCUUCUGUGCGCUGGCAUGGGUUAGAGCUUUGUACACCUUGCGUGGCGAGUCGUGGCUUGGCCCGAGACUUCUUCCCAUAUUGUCUGCGAUACAGGACACUAAAGCCAUCAUCCUGGUGACAGCAAUAUGCACCUUUGCAGCGACGCAUGCCUAUUAUUGCCUGCAAAUUCGCCAGUCGCCAUCACCACUUCAUGCCGUCUAUGUCGCAUUCUUGCAAGUGGUGCGCCUGAGCGUUUUUGAUGAGUCAAACCUCGGUGAAUUUGAGAAGUUUUAUGGAGAAGACUUCAAUAUCUCGGAGGGUGAUGACUCCGACGAGUUCGUGGAAGACGAGCCGGGCUUCGACUUUGAUUACGUGUGGAUACAUGGUCUGUUCCAUGCUACCCGCAUUGGAAUUACGAUUCUGUUGAUGAACUUGUCGAUCGGCGUUCUCGGGCAAAACUUUGAGUUGUAUCAAGAUCAAAGCCGUCAGCUUUUCCAAUGUGCUCGCGCCAGGAUGAUGUGGGAGUUGGGUCGCCGACCCUGGAAUCGGAAGUUCUGGACGAAGGCGUGCAAGCAGUCCCCCACAACUGGGGCGAGUGCUGAGCAAGCCGACCAGUGCAUGAUUUGGCUGCUCACACGCAACGAUAUUCCGCCUGAAGGGUUUCGAAGCAUUCGAACGGACUUGAAGAUGCACAUGCAAAAGAUGGAGUCCCUGAUUCGUGAAGAAGUCCGCAGUGGCUUACAGGACAUAAAGGUCGAACUCGGGGGAGCCAGCAACACUGCAUGA